AUGGCUGACAACAACGCUUCGCCUUCGGCUGCAAAGCCUGCCGACAUCCCCUCGACCCCGGCUGCAAAGCCCGCUGGUAAUGCCUCGUCUCAGGCUGUGAAGCCCGCUGCCGGCCCGACUCCUACCCAGAGGGAGUUGGAGCUCAUCUACCUGGCUUUCCAGUCGAUCAAGGACGCUUCCAUUGACUACACCAAGUUCGCCGAGCUUGGCGGCUUCACCACCGUCGCCAGCGGCCGCGCUUCGUGGUGCGCCAUCAAGCGCAAGUACUUCAAGGACGCCGAAGGUGGCGCCAGCGAGACCACUACUCCCGUCAAGAAGACGCCCACCAAGGGCCGUAAGCGCAAGGCCGCCGCUGACACCGCCGAGGAGAACGCCGGCGAGGCCGAGGGCGAGGCCGCCACUGGCAGCGCCAAGAAGGCUACUCCCCGGGGCCGCAAGCGCAAGACCUCUCCUCUUGAAGGUAAAUCGACUGCCGCUUCUGCUCGCAAGAGCGCUGCUACGAAGAAGGCGGCCAAUCAGGCUGCCGAGGUUACGGCUACGGCUGAGACUGGAGGCGCCUUCAAGGACGCCAAGGACGAUGAGAAGGCCGAGAACGCCUCGAAGGAUGACGGCAAGUCCGUUCAGGAUGAUGAGAAGUCCGCUGAGGGUGACGAGAAGCCCGCUGAGGAUGAGGCUGAUGGCGAGACGGCCCAGCAGGACAUCUGA